AUGGCAGAUACAUCACGUGAUUUAACUAAAUAUCCACAAAAAUAUCACCAGGCAUUUAAAAGUAUGAUGGACCACGGUUUGAAAUCAAGAGAGUUUCGCUACAAGGACGAUGCACGGAAACUGAUAGAGCAGUUACAGCUUUCAUCAUCCAACAAAAUAUGUAUUCUUUCUAUUGGAGCUGGCAGUGGUGAUGUUGAUCUGCACUUCAUUAAUGCCUUGGUGGACAAAUAUACUGCAAUACAUUACACCGUGGUAGAACCAGCAACUGAUCAAAUAGAUGAAUUUAAGAGCCUAAUUGAGUGCCACAAAGAUAAGUGGAAUGGAGUGAAAUUCGAUUUUCGCACGCAAGGAAUAAAUGAGUAUAUUGAAGAAGGUGGUACAUGUGAUAAAUACGACGUCAUACUUGCCUGUCAUUCCUUUUAUUAUUUCCAUGACACUGAACAUGGAUUACGUUGUUUGUAUGACAUGAUACGACCAGAUGGUGUUCUUCUUAUUAGGCUGGAGGCAGCUGGUCCAUUAGAUGAAUUUAAAAGCUUAAUUGAAUCCAAUCAAGAUGGGUGGAGUGGAGUAAAAUUUAGUUUCCAUGUACAGGAGAUAAAUGAGUAUUUUGAAGGAGGUGUUACCUCUGAUAAAUAUGACGUCAUACAUGCCUGUCAUUCCUAA